AUGUCCUCAUUUAAACGUGUUUUUAAUGUUUCGCUCACUGACUAUAAUGGUGACAUUUUGGUCGUACACGAAAAAAUUGUAAGCCCUAUCAAAUGUGCUUCCGAGUGUGAAAACCACUGCUUAGCAAUUGCUUACGAUCCUCAGACCAGGGAAUGCAUCACAUAUGGCAGAGAAAUAUCUACAGGUGAUUCACCACUGUCAGCAAGAAAAGUGUACUCUAAGAGGGCACAUUUAUAUCCCUCAGACUGCAGCGAAGUAAACCCUAUCAGUAACUCUGGUGUCAACAACAUAAAUCUGGCAAAUGGUUUACUUUAUAAUAUCUUCUGUGACAUGGACAACGAAGGUGGACCGUGGACUGUCAUACAGAACAGACAAGAUGAACAGGUGAGCUUCGCUAGAAACUGGACAGACUACAAGACUGGAUUCGGAGACUUGGACAGAAACUUUUGGUUAGGACUCGACAUUAUCCAUCUACUUACACGAAAGCCAUCCAUCUUAAGGAUAGAGUUAGUCUCCCGUGAUGGCGAUGCAGGUUACGCCCAGUACUCAGCAUUCAGCGUCGCAGACGAAUCUGACGGGUACAGACUGUCUAUUUCCGGUUUUACUGGAGACGUUUCGAACGCUAUGGAAUAUCAUAAUGGACGCCCGUUUGUCACUAACGACAAAGGAGACCAACAUGAAUGUGCCAAGUCUUUUACAGGCGGUUGGUGGUUCUUCAAUUGUUUACAGUGUAAUCUGAAUGGACGGCACGUGGAUGAUAUACAUUUUCGCGGUGGUGUUAGUGCGAUGAAAUGGAAUGGCUUUUACUAUUAUCAGGACUACGCUCCUAUGCUGAAAUCAAGAAUGCUCUUGAAACCGUCACGUUGA